GUGCGAACUACUGUACCAUGGAAACUGCAAUUCUAAAGAACGUCCUGAUACUUCUGCUUAUAGGCCUACAUUUCACGUCGUCGUCUGCUGAAAGGAAAGAUCUCUCUGCCAAAAUGUUCACCUUCCCAGUGGAGUCUGAUACAGCUCAUGUGAUCUUGGUGCCCAAUCAGAGCAAGAGCCUGAGUGCUGUGACCUUGUGUCUACGUUUCUUCUCAGACCUGACAAGAGCUCAGUCUCUCCUCUCUUUUGCCACCAUUGAGAGUCCAAAUAGCUUCCUCCUUUUCAAACAAGCAAACCAUGUGUAUGAAAUAAAUGAGUAUGACGAUGUUCUAUUAUUUAGGGGAUUGGAGGACAUUCCCAAUAAAUGGAAUUCUGUCUGUGCUACUUGGAAUUCUCAAACUGGUAUUGCCCAACUGUGGGUCAAUGGGAAACCAAGCACAAGAAAAGGGGUACGACGAGGAAGUAACAUCUCUGGAACACCCAGUAUUAUCCUGGGUCAAGAGCAGGACAGCUACGGUGGGAAGUUUGACAAAGCACAGUCUUUUGUGGGAAUGCUGACAGAUGUGCACAUGUGGGAUUCAGUUCUUCCUUAUCCUGAGAUUGCUUUAUACAUGAACAGCAUUCCACAGACGACUGGUGGUAAUGUGAUCAACUGGAGCUCACUCGAUUUCACCAUUAAGGAGUAUGUGCUUGUAGAGGAUAUUGUGAGUGGUUUAAAUGAUUGAAACCAUGACAAAAAUGCUUCACUGUGUCAUGAAAGACACAUUUCAUCCUGGUUCCCUUUCAUUUGUCAAUGCAAAUCUAAAAUAGUUAAUUAGUAAAGAUUUAGAAAAUGGCUUCUCUCCAAUGUUCUCAAAGCUUUAUUCCAGAGUGUUUACUGUUCUAAUGUAAAA